CGCUUCCUCAAUCCUGUUACUACAACACCAACGAAAACAAACGGUAAAAUCUUUGUCCGUUAAUUUUUUGUCAGUUUCAGGUGUCUGUUACUGUGAGAUGUCUUUAGUGCGAAUGAACCGUCCUUUAUAUGGUGUGGGUAAAAGACCAGUGCGAACCAAGAAGGUGUCUGCACCAAAGAAAGAAUGGGUGGGCACAGUCAAUGAUCUUUCUUUGCAUAAAGCCACACCAGAGGAACUGGCCCGACGUCAUGAGAUGCACAGAUCUCAGAAUAAAGUCGUGGCACAAUGGGAAUUAAGAGAAAAAGCUCUCACACGUAGACGGAGGAAAAACCAUCCCUCCAGCCCUCCAGGACUUGAUAGAGCCCGACUCAACAUCAUCAGAGAGGUGUUUUCAGAUCAGUGUCAGUUGCAGGAUGUCAUUGCACGAUCAGACAGAGCUUUGGCUGUGGUGAAAGACCUGUUUGGUGAUGCACCCCGUCGUCGUACAGGCUUCCCCACCAUUACCGUGGCACCUGACUGUGAGUCUGACUCUGAGCUUCCUGUUCUUCGAAGACCUGAUCCUCCAACCGAGCUGUCAUUACUCAGCCAGUCUAUGAUGGAUCAGCAGGCCCUGAAUGAGUUGGAGUGUGAAGAGGAUCAUGAUGAAGUCCAUGAUUCCUCGGUGCACCUCAGUUCUAUGAUGCACAGGAAGAGAAAUCAGUGUAGGUCAAAGUCCUUUCCAUGGGGUUCAGACCACCCAGAGCAAGAUCUACCCCAAACACCAUGUAUUACUGGAGUCAGAGAAGACCAGGCAGCCCUCAAUGCCACAGUGGCAGUACAGCGUUUAAAAGCCAGACCGACUCAUCCUGAUAUAAACCAGUCCAGCUCACUAGUCAACCAGGUUCUGAACCCAGAGCCUGUUUCCUCUCAACCAGGGAAGAGAAAGUCAGUUCAAGUCAAUAGGGGGCGCUCAGGGCAUACAUCUGUCCUGAAUGGUUCAGGGUUGAGCUCCCUGUCAGGAAACCAGUCCAGUAUGGAGCUUCUGCAGAGUAUGCUUGAGCAAGUGGAGACUGAGCUGGACUCUCUAGACCACCAGAGGCCCAUGAGCUCGGAAGCCAGACCGCAGCAAGAGAGACAGGGCCUCACCGGCUUCUCUGUGGCUCUAGUCGCAACACUUGGACGUCUAGCCAGACAUAUCAGAAAAAGAGAAGAGGAGGCUCUGAGAGAGGCAGAGGAGAGAAGGCAGCUAGAGGAAGAGGUGAAGGAGCAGAGGGCUCUGAUUGACGCCCUGACUGUGGAGUCACUAACACUGAGGGAAGAGAGCGCCACCCUGCAGACGAGGCUGCAACAGCAGAUAUCUGAACUAGAGCAGCGUCUAGAUGCUGUAGUACUGGUGGUGGGAAGACCAGAUUCUGCAGAACCACACACAACAGUUCAAAGCACAGACAACACAGCUCAAAAAAGCAGCAAUCUGGAGUCUGGCUGUACUGAAAAGGAUCUACAGCAACAGGACUUUGUCUCUGCAGCUGUUCUGCUCUCUCCUCCUCGCCAAAGAGAUGGUCUGCCUCCCGCUGUGUGUCGUCCACAUUCACACGCAACCUCGGUGCACUACAGUGGCUCCUAUUCAGCAACAGGAAGCCAGGGUUCAUUUGAGGACUUCGACAUCUCCAUCUCUCCUUCCUCCUUUGCCAGCCUACCACGGCCCACUCCUCUGCUGGACGAUCUCUCACAGGACGCCAUGCUAGGGGAGAUCGCCGAACUGACCCGUCAGAACGCAGCGAUCCGGGCCCAGUUAGGGCCGCACCGUCCGUCUCCUACUGGAGCUUCAGUAUCGAGGGAGCACAGCGCAGACCGGCUGUCCUCAACAAACUCUGUAGUUAGACAAGUGUCGCCCUCUACUGAGCCACAGCACACACGGCAGUCUGUUUGUGUAGAGAGAUCCUCAACAAUAGAGAUAGAACAAAAACUGCAGGAGUUGAACCGUCAAAGCGCCGAAGCAAGAGCUAGACUACUAGAGCUCAUUGAACAACAGAAGCAGAGCACCUCCCUCAGAGUUUCCCCUGCCAUUUCCCCAGUACCUCCUCACUCCAGCAGCACUCAUACAGUUGUUAGGGGGUUUACUCCAGAGCAAUUUGUAACACUUCCUGAGAGAAGCCAUUCACCUCAACCCAGUGCAAGCAGUCGAAGGUCAGCGGGAAGAGUCUCACCACAAAGUUUAGAUAGUGUGGAAAUCCAGAGCAUUGAGAACCAAGUGGAAAAGCUUAAAAGAGAGGGGUGGUUUGCAUUGUCAUCUCAUAUCAAGUGACUUCACAAGGAAUAUCGUCUAUGCAUAAUAGCAUUCCAAAUGUAUUUGACAUCCCUAGUUUGGUUUUAAUUACAUCCUGGCUGCACCCGUAUAAUGCUCAUGUUAAGAUUCUGUGAUGCCUUGUGGGCCUGCCUAUGCAUAGGAACUUGCACAAGGUAACAGGUGUUUGUGUCAUCAGAUAGAUAAAUAAACACUAGAUGACAUCAGUCUUCUUUGCAGACAGU